AUGAAGAUGGACAGAAGAGACACCCAGCUGGUUUGUUCUUUGCUGUUGUGUAUCAUCACUCAGGUGUGGUGCCAGCUGUGUAUUGGGCCAUGUCAGUGCCCACCCACUGUGCCGCGCUGCCCUGUCGGUGUUCCUCAGAUGUUAGACAGCUGCGGGUGCUGCCAGGUGUGUGCUAGGCAGGAGGGCGAGGCCUGCACCGACCGGCUUCCCUGUGACACCCACCGAGGGCUGCAGUGUGACUACAGUGCCAGCCUCCCUGGAGGGCCGGGACAGUGUGUCGGUCGGAACGAGCUGGACUGUGAGAUGAAUGGCAGGAGGCUGGAGGAGGGACAGGUAUUUCAACCUUCCUGUGCCCAGCUCUGCCACUGCCUGGGGGGAGGGGUGACCUGCGUGCCCCUGUGCAGUGAUGAUCUGCAGAGGCCCACGGAUAAGUGCCCCAAUCCUCAGCUGGUGCAAUUACCAGGGCGCUGCUGCAAAGAGUGGACGUGUGACGGCCUGGACAACAGCAUUUCCUCAAAUCCAUCAGCAGCAGAGCAGGCGCGUCAGGACUACAGGGGUGGGCUGUCCGGUCCGACGUUUGGCUCGAUCUCCAACUGUAUCGAGUGGACCUCAGAGUGGAGCCCAUGCUCCCACAGCUGUGGCCCAGGUGUCUCCACCCGUACCACAAACAGGAACUGGGCUUGUCGCCUGCAGACUGAGACCAGACUGUGCCAGAUCAGGCCAUGCCAAACUCUGCUGCCGGGACUCCGAAUGCUGCAGCUGGGUUCGGGGGUGUGCGAGAGCAGCUACAGUUCACCUCUGUCCAUUACGCUUGAACACCGAGGCUGCUGGAGCACCAGAGCCUACCGUCCCAGGUUCUGUGCCUUGACCUGUCUGGAGGGACGCUGCUGCAGCCCCUCCCACACCAGGACAGUGCGGAUGGUUUUCCGCUGCCCUCAGGGCGGGCUCACCCAGCAGCAGGUGAUGAUGAUUGAGUCCUGCUCCUGCAGCAUCUCCGCCUGUCGCCAGUCCCCAGCCACAGCUACCCGAAGUUUCCUGCCCUGGCUAUGAAGUGCACUUGCAACUAGCUACAAGAAAGAUGGGCAGGUCCCGUCUAUUAGGAAACUAGAGGAUAAAAAUGGCCAAACUGUAGUGGUAAUUCUGCGGAAUAAAGAAACACUCAAGGCAACCACUUGUCUUUCUGUAGGUUUACUUCAAACGUCUGCAGACGGACUCACAGCAGCAAAACAUACAGCAGUGUAAUCUGCUCUGAAUGAGCACAGAGGAAAAGGAGCAUCAGUUAUUUAUCCAGUCUUCAGGGUCAGGUUCCUCAGCCCGGGGGAGACGAGCGUCCCUGAAGUCUGGAUACAACAGUCAAUAGCAUGUUUUGUAGUUCCAUAUCAUCAUUAUCAAUGUACUGUACACACAUGAUAAUGUGGCAGUGCAGGAAGUUGAGCCAGUGCUUCAAAAUUAUGGAAAUAUUAUUUUUAUUUGUGAAAAUUCGACAAUAGCUGUUGAGAAUAGUGU